UCAAGCGUAUGAUUCUUUCUUCUUGUGGGGAUUCAUUCACAAAGCCAAGAUCUUCAAACGAACCAAACGAGUAUGUGGAAAUCAAAUCCUCCUCUUCUUAAGUUUGGCCCCAUCGUUAUCCUAGAAGUAUGCUAUGUAAAACGAAAUUGUGGAGUGCCACAUCGUCCACGUCCAUCUCCCAUCUGAACCCACUUCACAAAUUCUUUCACCAAACCAAGCGAUUGAUCAAAUCCACGAGUACCCAACAAUCAAAAGCCCAUUUGGCGGAACACUCAUCUUCGCAGCACUUCUCGGAUCAAAUUUACAGCUACCUGUUCUCUCGACUCAAGUCACCCUUCGAUCUCCUUGAAGCCAAGAGACUGCACGCCGUUUUGAUUGUCGGUGGGGUCUUUGAGCCAGGGACUAAUGAUGGGUUGUUUGGUUCACAGCUCGUCAACGUUUAUGUCAGAUUUGGCCGUCUCGAUGAUGCACUUGAUGUGUUCGAAGAAAUGCCCAGGAAGAGUAAUGUUGCUUACAAUGCCAUUCUUAGGGGAUUGGUCAGCGCGGAGCGGUUCUCCGAAGCCAUUGAUUUCUUCCGAUGGAUGCUUAGGGAAGAUAUUAUCCCUGACAAUUUCACUUAUCCAAUUGUUCUCAAGGCUUGUUCCGGGUCAAAUGACCUCGAGGUGGGAGAAAAAGUGUGCGACUUAAUCAAGUUUAAUGAGACUAAAUUUAAUGCAAAACGGAAUGCUUACGUUGAAUGUGCCAUGAUCGACAUGUUUGCUAAAUGCGGUAGCUUAGCAGAGGCACGCAAUGUAUUUGAGGAGAUGCCGAGGAAGGAUUUAGCUUCUUGGAGUGCAAUGAUAGGCGGGGCCGUCCACAACGGGGAUUCGCUUGAAGCAUUGAGUCUGUUUAAAAGAAUGGGGCAGGAAGGGUUGAAACCCGAUUCUGUGACUGUGGCAAGCAUUUUGCCUGCGUGCGGCAAAUUGGAAGAUGCACAUAUGGGAAUGGCAUUGCAAGGAUUUGCAGUGAGGUGUGGUUUUGAGAGUGAUAUAUACGUUUCAAAUGCUCUCAUAGAUAUGUACGGUAAAUGCAUGCUCCUUAACAAGGCAAGUGAAGUGUUUUGCAAUAUCGUGAAUAAGGAUGCAGUGUCUUGGAGUGCCAUUAUUGCGGGUUACUCGCAGAAUGGCGAGUAUUGCCGGAGUGUGGAGCUUUAUCUAGAUAUGAGCAAUGCGGGCAUAAAAACUAAUGUCAUUGUUGCAUCGAGAGUUUUGCCUGGACUUGGAAAGCUGAAGUUGCUGAAACAUGGAAAAGAGAUGCACGGUUAUUCACUUAAACAAGGGUUUGAAUCUGAUGGUGUUAUAGGGAGCGCACUAAUUGAUAUGUAUAUGAACUGUGGAACAAAAAGAGCAGCAGAGAAUAUUUUAUACACGUCGCCUUUUCGUGAAAUUGUGAUGUUCAACUCAAUGAUUGCCGGUUAUUCAAUAUCGGGCGAUUCUGAUUCAGCCCUUGGCGUAUUCCGGAAUAUCUGGAAGUUCGAUCUCACACCAAAUGCUGUAACAAUUCUAAGCAUUCUUCCUGUAUGUACUGAAACUGGGAAUGUUACCCAUGGAAAAGAAAUCCAUGGCUACACAAUUAGGACAAGAAUUGGAGAAGUGGUAUCUGUUGAAAACUCUUUGAUAGAAAUGUAUUGCAAGCGUGGACAUUUAGAAGUCGGAAUCAAGGUUUUCAAUGGCAUGAUGGAAAAGAAUAUCGUGACAUAUAACACGAUCAUCUGCGCUCAUGCAACCCAUGGUCUGGGAGAGCAGGCACUCUCAUUUUUCGAAGAAAUGAAGGAGUUGAGAAUGAGACCCAACAAAGUUACCUUCAUUGGACUCCUUUCGGCUUGUAGCCAUGCAGGUUUGGUUGAGAAAGGAUGGCGUCUCUAUGAUGCAAUGAGAAGCGAAUACAAGAUUAUGCCAGAAAGGGAACACUAUUCAUGCAUGGUGGACCUUCUGGGAAGAGCGGGACAGCUCGACCGUGCGUUCAUCUUCAUCAAGGAAAUGCCUGUGGAACCGGAUAUUAGUGUCUGGGGAAGUUUACUGAGUGCUUGCAGACCUCAUAACAACGUUGUGCUAGCUAGUUUUGUGGGAAGGAAAAUCAUAGAUGAGAACCUGAUAGAUCCAGGACACCACAUGCUUCUGUACCAGAUUUACGCAUCCUGCCAGAGAUGGCAGGAUGCUUCACUUGUCAGGUCGGUGAUAAAAGAGAAGGGCUUGUCGAAGACCCCUGGAAGGAGUUGGAUCCAGAUCGGGUUUGGAAUUCACACAUUCCAUGCAAGAGGUCAGAUACAUCCCGAGUCGGACAACAUCUACCGAGUUUUGGAUCUCUUGCUAUUGGAGAUGAAGGAGAAAGGGGACGUACUGGAUCAAGGUUCUUCAUCCGAGGAUCUAAUAGAGAAAAGUGGCUAGCAACUAAAGGAAAAUUAUCGGUUGGGUAUAAGAAUGCUACCGCGAGGACCGGACAACAAGACAAACAACAGUUGUCGUCUGAAAGCGUUCCCUCGAGAAUGAAUCUCCUAAAGCUCGGAGCAGAAUGGAGGGCUGGUUCCGUGAGGAAAAGAAGUUGUAGCUUGCUCCACCGAUUUCGCUGGUCUAGGGGUGGCCCACUCUUCGGGAGUCGCCAGGCGGGUUGAGAUAGUGUUUCCAGUGGCUGCUGGUGUCGGACAUAGCUUCUAUGCU